AUGGUACACAUUGUCAAGAAUGUCUCUCUCACACAUUUAACUCUCUUGCACUUGUAGGUUUACUCUGUCUCCACGAACAAGAUGAAGCACAUCAAGCGGCGAUUUUCUCUCUCUGUUCCACGACCGGAAACUAUUGAAGAGUUAGAAUUUACAAAGCAGUACAAUCAGAUGAACAGCAGGCAUAAUGAACGACUAAGUCACUCCAACCUGCAGAUGGCUCAGUUGAGUCCAGGAAAUGCUGCAUUAACUCCACCAGAUGUAGGUGGCUUAUCUCCCACUGCACUAGGUUAUAGGAAUGCCACCCAUCGACGUCUCUCCAUGCAGGAUGUCAGUAAACUGUCUUUACCCGUGGACAUUCUUGCAAAACUCCAGAUGCAUAAUACAGAAGUUGAUCCAAAACCUCUGACAAGGAUAUCACGAAGAGCUUCUUUGUCCGAUAUUGGAUUUGGAAAGCUGGAGACAUAUGUGAAGUUGGACAAACUGGGAGAGGGAACAUAUGCCACCGUGUUUAAGGGGCGCAGCAAACUGACAGAGAACUUGGUGGCUCUAAAAGAGAUCAGGCUAGAGCAUGAAGAAGGAGCACCAUGCACAGCCAUUAGAGAAGUGUCCCUUUUGAAGAAUCUGAAGCAUGCUAACAUUGUCACACUUCAUGAUAUUAUCCACACAAAUUAUUCUUUAACUUUAGUCUUUGAAUACCUGGAUAGUGACCUAAAACAAUACCUUGAUAACUGUGGUAGCUUGAUGUCAAUGCACAAUGUUAAGAUAUUUAUGUUUCAGCUACUUCGGGGUUUAUAUUACUGCCACCACAGAAAAGUCCUGCACAGGGAUCUCAAGCCGCAGAAUCUAUUAAUCAAUGAAAAGGGAGAGUUAAAGCUCGCAGACUUUGGCCUUGCCAGAGCAAAGUCUGUACCCACCAAAACCUAUUCCAAUGAAGUGGUGACAUUAUGGUACCGACCACCAGAUGUUUUGCUGGGAUCAACAGAAUAUAGCACACCUAUUGAUAUGUGGGGAGUUGGCUGUAUUUUGUUUGAAAUGUCCACUGGACGGCCAAUGUUUCCUGGGUCUACAGUAAAAGAGGAACUGCACUUAAUAUUUAGAAUGCUUGGAACACCCACAGAGGAGACAUGGCCUGGAAUUGCUUCUAAUAAAGAGUUUCAGGCAUAUGGAUUCCCACAGUACCGUGCACAGCCCUUGAAAAGCCACAUACCAAGACUUGAUUCAGAGGGGAUCGAUCUUCUGAGCAGCCUUUUGCUGUUUGAAGACAAGAUGAGGAUAUCUGCAGUUGGAGGUCUAAGUCAUGCCUAUUUCAAGAGCCUUGGUGAAAGAAUACACACUCUGCCAGAGAAUGCUUCAAUCUUCACUCUUAAAGAAAUCCAGCUUCAGAAAGACCCAGGCUAUCGUGGCUCCAUCUUCCACCAGACAGGACGUGGAAAAAACAGGCGGCAGAGUAUAUUCUAAAAUAUCUACAACCAU